UUUAUGUGUUGUUUAUACGCUUACAAUUUGAUAGUCGAUGAAAAGUUUAUUUAUGGUAAUAAACUUCUGAAUUUUUAUAAAUUAUCAAUAAUUUACGCGCGGAUUUUUCUUUGAACGGUUUAAAUAAUUCAAAAAAAUAAAUUUUUUUCUUGUUUAUACGCAAACUAAUUAUAAUAUCGGGAGUGUAAAGUGUAAAGGUUAACUAAAUUUGUAAUUACAAUGGUGACAUCAAUAAGCAUUUCUGUGGAAGCUCCAUGUGAAAACCAAAUUCAAGAAAUCACUUACGAUGGACAAGAAAUUUAUCAAACACCACUUACACUCUCGGAGAAUUUAGCAAAAACCGCACAAAAAAUAGAUUUCAACAAGACAAAUACCUCAACUUCGGAUACCGAUGACGUAAAUGAUGAUCAAGCUGGAGAAGAUGGUGAAAACUAUAAUAAACAAGAUUCCAAAGAAUCGUCUCAAUCUUCUUUGCUACCCUUCGAUAGUAUAAGAACAAAAUUAAAAAAUGCGUAUACAGAGAUAUGUGUUUUACAUGAUGUCCUGGCGGUGGUAAAAGAGAAACGAUACAUGGUACUGGAUCCAGUUGCGUCUUUAAAUCCUACAAGAGAAGAGAAGACAAUGGCUCAUGUUUACGCGAGUAAAAAAGCCUUGGAGGGUGCAACUAGUGUCUUGUUCGGUGCUGUUGAACGGCUAAAAAACAGCCGGAAUGACGUAGCCGCAAAUAGAUCAACUUCUGAGUUCCACGUCGAGUUACUGCGACUCCGUCAGAAUUGGCGUUUGAAAAAAGUAUCCAACUCAAUAGUUGGUGAUUUAAGUUACCGAACAGCUGGUUCUAAAUAUGCUCAAGCGGGAAUAUUUGAGGUAACUAAAGCAGACGACGAUGAAAAUGCAGCAAGUCCUUCGAAAUCGAGCUCUCCUUCUGCUAGCCAAACAUUAUCAUCACCACCAAAGACCUCAUCACUAAGGGUGUCUAUUCCAAGUGAAUUGCAAGGCGUUGCUUACAUAAAAGUUUUGUGCCAAAAAGACCAAGAAGAUUUGUGCAAUUUCAAUUUAAAUUUAUCGCCUUCGAAUACAGCAAAACCUGACAGCGACAUGGACUGGCAACAAAAGCUAGAAGCUGCGCAAAAUGUAUUAUUUUGCAAAGAAUUGUUCAACCAAUUAGCGCGUGAAGCGAUACAGUCACAUGCAUCAAUUCCACAUUUGGUAGUCGGUAAUCAAAUAACAGCCUCUAUUUUUCCAAAUAUUCAUUUAGUAAUUGCACUGUGUCAUGGUCACAGCGCUACUGACAAUAAAAAAUCAACAUCUACGUCAACCUCAACCUCUGCACCUUCAAGUUCAACAAACACCGCUGAACAUGACCACGUUCUUGAGCACUCGCUUCAUCAAUUGCUAAGAGAAGUUCACUAUAAAAAUAGCCAUCACUCCUUUCCUCAUCCGUCAUCGGGUCAAUUUUGGCCGAGCAAACGCCGCUGUAUUGCCGGGCCAACCGCUGCUGAUCGCUACGAACUUGUGGAAAUGACCAAGAGUCAAACGAUCCUAGAGCAAAUAAUCAAACAAACUCAACAUUACAUAAUGAGAAGGCGCGCUGCCUUUGUAUUGGAUUCGAUUGCUAAAGAUGUAAAAGAUCCGAUAAUUGUUUCGCACUGGAAUGCGCUGAGUACACCGACACUCGCCUGUGUUAAAAUAAAUAUAUGGACUGAAGGUUAUGACACUGUUUGUCGUACUUCCCUGGCCAUUUAUGUUUACGAAAAAACAUUCAAGUGUGUCUGCAGAGACGGCAGAGUUAUGCACAUGAGCUAUGAACCACAAGAACUUCGUAAUCUGCUGCUUUGUCAAAUAACUCAGCAUCAAAUACUGGCGGCACAAAAUUUAGCCAAAUGUAUGGGCUGGCAAUUUUUAGCAAACAGCUCGCAUCUCGGUUUAGGUCCUGUUGAACCACUGGGCAAUGCCAAAAGCUGUCUUCUAGCUUCCCCAAAUGGCGACCGUAUGAUCGCAGUUCGCUGUAAUGCUCAAAAUGGUGUCCAAGUCUCGACUUCGCAUUCCCCGAGAACGGAUUUCUAUCCGGGGCAAGUUGUACGUGAACGUAAAUGGGAACACCAGUGCGGGCCAUUCAAAGAAGUCCAAUGGGAUAAAAUGGAGGGGAAAUCUUUUUUAAAUAAAAUGGAAUUACUGAUGGCAUCACUUACUUGCUCACAAUAGGCAUAAAUUUAUUUUAUUAUUACUUUUGAAAAUUUUUGUAUGAUCUCAAAAAGGGUUGAGUAUUAAUAGGUAAUAUCAAACUGUGUUCUUUGAGAAUAGUAUAUAUUUUUAUACCUAUGAUCAUCACAAUAAUUGAACAUGUGUGUUGAACACUGUGUCAAAAUUACAUAUGAGCUCAUAAUUAAACUCAGGAUAACAUUUUAUUGUUUAUAUAAACCUAUCUGUAUUUAAUAAUGUAAAUUGAUGUAAGAAAUGUUUUAAUAAAUAAUUAUUUUCAA